AUGUCCGAGACCAACGGCAUCACAGCCAACGGCGUGUCUGAGCAGACGCACACCCCGUCGCAGCGCUACCUCAGCACUCGCGGUGAAGACAGUGGUCUCUCCUUCGAGGAGGUAGUCCUGAAGGGCCUGGCUACCGAUGGUGGCCUGUACAUUCCCGAAGAGAUCCCCCAGGCUGCCGACUGGCAGUCGUGGAAGGAUCUCUCCUUCGUCGACCUCGCCUUCAACAUCCUUUCGCUCUACAUCUCUCCCGCCGAGAUCCCUCCCGCCGACCUCAAGGACAUAAUCCAACGCAGCUAUGCCACCUUCCGGUCAGAGCAGGUCACCCCUCUGAUCCACCUCAAGGACAACAUUCACCUGCUCGAGCUGUUCCACGGCCCGACCUUUGCCUUCAAGGACGUCGCCCUGCAGUUCCUAGGCAACCUGUUCGAGUACUUCCUCGUGCGCCGCAACGCCGGCAAGACUGGCCGCGACCGGUACCACCUGACCGUCGUAGGCGCUACCAGCGGUGACACCGGGUCGGCCGCCAUCUACGGCCUGCGCGGCAAGAAGGACGUCUCUGUCUUCAUGCUGCACCCCAAGGGCCGCGUCAGCCCCAUCCAGGAGCUGCAGAUGACCACCGUGCUGGAUGCCAACGUCCACAACCUGGCCGUCGCCGGCAACUUCGACAAUUGCCAGGACAUCGUUAAGGCGCUCUUCGCCGACCCAGAGAUUAACGCCACCCACCGCUUGGGCGCCGUCAACUCCAUCAACUGGGCUCGUAUCCUCGCCCAGACGGUCUACUACUUUCACUCCUACUUCGCGCUGGCUCGCUCGCCCGCUGCCCCCUCCGGCUUCAAGCUUGGCGACAAGGUCCGCUUCUCCGUGCCUUCCGGCAACUUCGGCGACAUCCUCGCCGGCUACUUUGCCUACCGCAUGGGCCUGCCCGUCGACAAGCUCAUCGUCGCAACCAACGAGAACGACAUCCUCGACCGCUUUUUCAAGACGGGUCGCUACGAGAAGAACACCUCGUCCAACUCCGCCGACCCCGUCAAGGAGACCCUCUCCCCCGCCAUGGACAUCCUCGUCUCGAGCAACUUCGAGCGUCUCCUGUGGUUCCUCGCAUACGAAUUUGCCGCAACCGCCGGCCUCGACGACGCCUGGAACAAGAAGCAAGCUGGGCAAGAAGUCUCGGUCUGGCUGCGCGAUCUCAAGACUAAAGGCGGCUUCGGCCCCGUGCACGACGACAUCCUCUCCGCAGGCCGCCGCACUUUUGAGUCCGAACGUGUCAGCGACGAGGAGACGUUGGCCACCAUCCGCGAUUUGUACCGGCAGGUCGGGUACGUGUUGGACCCCCACACGGCCGUGGGUGUCGAGGCGGCGCGCAGGUCGGCCACGAGGACGCCCGAGGGCGUGCCCAUUAUUUCGCUGUCGACGGCGCACCCGGCUAAGUUUGCGGGGGCAGUGAACCUGGCUCUGAAGGACGAGGAGGGGUUCGAUUUCGAGGCGAAGGUGUUGCCACCUGAGUUCGUGGGGCUGGAUAAGAAGGAGAAGAGGGUGCAGGAUGUGGCGAAUGAUUGGAAAGCUGUGAGGGAUGUGGUAAGGGCGGGCGUUGAGGAGGAACUCAAGGCUGCCGAGGCUAGCUCAUAA